AGGAGGACGUUCGCUUGUUAAGGAGCCACAAGGAGGGUCCGGGCUGACAUGAAGGACUGAAGUGCAGAGGAGGGAAAGGAGAAGGGACCCUCCGGAGCGAGACGUGUGUGGAAGGGACGGAAGAAGAGAGAGGCUCCUUGACAACUGCCUUGUGCGUGACAGAGGAAGAACAGAAGGACGGGACAGGAGGAGAGGAGAGGUGUCCACCGCAAAUAUGGGCUGCAUUCACAGUACAAGGAUUGGAAGGGUAAAGAAAUAUGGGGCUAGUGUAGAUCCGGUGGGGGUCCUCCUCAAAAGCGACUCUGAGAUGUCUCCUGAGGUCCUCCAAAUUGCUGAGGUGACGACCACCUGUACUUCAGCCCCGGACCAACAGGGCUUAACCAAGUCUACGUCACAGAAGAAGAGGGGCUCCUUACGAAGGAGCAGGAGUGUGGAACAAGUGAUGGAGCAUGUGAUGGAGCGACACUAUGACUUCGAUCUCACCUACAUCACGGAAAGGAUCAUCUCUGUCUUCUUCCUGCCGAGCCUCGAGGAAGAACAGUACCGCAAGAACCUUCAAGAAGUGGCCACCAUGCUCAAAUCCAAGCACCAAGACAAGUUCCUGCUUCUGAACCUAUCAGAGAAGAGGCAUGACAUCACCAGACUUAACCCGAAGGUGCAGGACUACGGCUGGCCUGACCUGCACGCCCCACCACUGGACAGGAUCUGUGCCGUGUGUAAGGCCAUGGAGACUUGGCUGACCUCUGACCCCCACAAUGUGGUGGUCCUCCACUGCAAGGGCAACAAAGGCAAGACGGGGGUCAUUGUGGCAGCCUACAUGCACUACAACAAGAUAUCAGCUGGGGCAGACCAGGCUCUCACCACGCUGGCCAUGAGGAAGUUUUGUGAAGACAAAGUCUCCUCUUCUCUUCAGCCCUCCCAGAACAGAUACAUCUACUACUUUGGCGGUCUGCUGUCAGGCUCCAUAAAGAUGAACAGCAGUCCUCUCUUCCUCCACCAGAUCCUCAUCCCUUCACUGCCCAACUUCCAGGCCGGGGGAGGUUACUGUCCCUUUCUGAAAAUCUACCAGUCUCUCCAGCUGAUUUACACCUCAGGCAUCUAUGAUCCUCAGAGCUCCAGAGCAAGGAAGCUCUGCAUCACCAUGGAGCCAACAUUACCACUGAAAGGAGACAUCAUGGUAAAGUGCUACCACAGGCGGUCCAAAGCUGCAGAGAGGGAGGUGGUGUUCAGAGUCCAGUUUCACACCUGCACUGUUCAUGGAGCUCAACUGUGGUUUGGCAAAACUGAACUGGACGUGGCCUGCACAGAUGACAGGUUCCCCCCCGACGCCACAGUCGAGUGUAUCUUUUCAAGCGGCCCGGAGAAAACGAAAGGCCGAGACUACCGGAAGAAUGAUCCCUCCAUCAAAGUUGACUACAGGACUUCCGACCCUGUGAUGAGAUGGGACUCCUAUGAGAACUUCAACUUGCACUACCAGGACAGUAUGGAAAAUAUCUCUCAUACAAGGGGCCCCUUGGAUGGGAGUCUGUAUGCCCAGGUGAGAAAGAGACGUGGGCCAAGCUCUGGGGCCUCGCCCAAUGGACGCCUCCCAGGCAGCCCUACGGUGAAACCUCAAGCUCCCAGCCGGCCUCUGCCUCAAACUCAGCCUCUCUCCUUCAGCCCCCACUCAGGCCACUCCUCGACCCCCUCAGAUCGAGCUGAGGAGCCCUCUCCCUCCCCAGUCUGCCCCGCAAAACAAGAGACUGACUGUCUGUUGAAGAGAGGAGAUGCAAGGGAGAGGACGAGAGAUAAAACGAGUGGGAAAGAGAGGGAGAGGGAGACGGCAAUUUUAGAUGACGGGGAACUGUCAAGCCCAAGUGGUUUGAGGCGGGAGUGUUCACAUUUAGGUCGAUCGAGUGUGAGGUGUGGGGAGGUGGGGUGGGUGAGAGAAAGGGAGAGGGAGAGAGAUCCGUGUCUUUCUAACGGUUGCCUCAGUCGUUGCAACAGCACUAAAAACAAUCCCAAAAGUCGGACUUUACCGGCCUUGCCAUCCAAACCCAUGAGCCCUCCUCCUCUCUCAACUCACAUGGAACUCUGCUAUCGCCAUAGUGCCCACCCGUUACCAGAGCUGCCAUGGGAACACCCGACCCCUCCCUUGCCCUGUCUCCACAGGCCUUGCUACCCUUUUUCCACCCCCGAGCACACCCACCCACACAGCCACACCCUCCCACCCUCAAACAGAGUGUGCAUUGGGGAUGAGUGUCAUCUCCUCCAUUAUCCCAGCCAUGUCCCCUCCUCUCACCUCUCCCAUCAGUCACUGCCCUCCAGUCCAUACCGGGAACUGUUCUUCAGCCCUCAUCAACCAGCCUCAUCUGGUUGCCUCUGUCGCGAGUGCACCAGCAGGCGAGAACACCAGUCAGCUUCAGUCAGACUAGUCCACCCGCUGCAUGCAGAUGAAUCGGGGAGCCCACAAUGGACCCAAGAGGUUGUGGCACGGCAGACUAGAGAUGGGCCUCCGCUGUGGGGGCCAGAAAGUCCCUGGGAGAUGGAGCGAGAGGAAGAACGUUGGCAGCACAAGUCAGCCAUGCCAACUUACCGUCUCUACCACUCCCCCUUGGAGCAGAGUCGGACCCUGGAGCAACCCGGAAUAAUCUUCGGUCCGCAUCAGGGUUACCCAAACCCCCUUUCUCUCGUGGACAUGCGAGACAGAGCCAGCAGUGGAUACCACACCCCUCCACCACCCCGCCAGUCCUGCUCCUGCUCCCCCUAUCAGUCUUCCCCAGCCGAGAGCCACGAGAGCCGGGGAUAUGCCUCCGGAUACCAGUCUGGGUCGGCAUCUCCUCUGCCUCCGACGAGCCCCAACCCAGGAGCCUCUCCUGCAAGAGGUGGACUGGCUGGGACCCCUUUUGAAACCAGUAACCAGAGUGGGCAUCUCACAGAAAAACAAAAAGAUGGUGCAGAGGACCACAUAUCGCAGGAUUCAACGGAAAAAUCUGAUUCUAGUGAACAGUCAGGCACCCCUGCUCCAGAUUCAGAUCAUGACUACACACUUAUUACCAGCAACAGCCCCACACACAUGGAAGACAGCGUAACAGAGAAGAUUGUGGAGAGUGCUCCCCAGAGCUCCCACGAGUCAAGUCGAGAUACCCCAGUCCCUGCACCUCUCGACCCCAACACAAUCGGCAACAGUACCAUCACACAAACACCAACAAAAACGACAACACAAGCCCAAGGUUUAAAUAUAUCCAAAGACCCAACUUUGGCAGCAAGUGGUCUCUCCCAGAGUGUCAGCUCCACAUCCAACAAUGAUGAAGCAAAAGUCACAGUCACAUCUAACCAAGCUGUAACUGAGACCACCGACAUUAUCCCUCCCUCCGCCCAACCAGUCACCCCUGUUCAAAUGCAACUCAAUGGCUCCGCCCUUCCUGGUGAUACCCAGUCAGACAGUAACAGUAACAUGGGUGUAUGUCUAAACCCCUCCUCCAGUAACAGCUCUGUACCCAUGUCCUCACCUUCGCCCAUUGGCUCCUCGGACAAACCACCCUCUCCUCAGCCCUCCUUAUUGACCACAGACCCAGCGGGUCAGCGGCUGACCCCCGACAGAGACGGCACGGCGGACACUAAGCCACCGUCCCCUGUGCCCGAUGGGUACCACACGCCAACUUUCCCCAUGGCGUCCUAUUACUACCCGUUAUUAAACGUGCCUCAUGUCCCAUACACUGGAUACACCGCAGUUACCAUACCCGCCAUUCAGCCGCCUCUCCCUGAGAAAAAACGCCUUUCGCCCGGAGCCGGGCCCCUCAACGGACAUAACUCUCUUCUGAGGGCCUCCUCAGCAUGCACUAGCCCGCACCACGUAACGUUCUCGCCCUCUGUGGGCGAGCUACCCCAGAUGGUCCCACGAGGGUCGAGCUGUAGAGAGGAGACUGACACCAGAGUCAAUGCUAAGUUUGUCCAGGACAGCUCCAAGUACUGGUACAAACCGGGUAUCACAAGAGACCAAGCGAUAGCUGUGUUGAAGGACAAAGAGCCCGGGGCUUUCCUCAUCAGAGACAGCAACUCCUUCCAGGGGGCCUAUGGCCUGGCCCUCAAGGUGGCAAUCGCUCCUCCUAAUGCCAACGUCAGUGGCACCAAAGGAGAUCAUCUGGAACAGCUGGUGAGACACUUCCUCAUCGAGACGGGACCGCGGGGAGUGAAGAUCAAGGGCUGCCAGAAUGAGUCCUACUUCGGAAGUUUAUCUGCUCUGGUGUACCAGCAUUCAAUCACUCCCAUAUCACUACCAUGUGCUUUACGCAUACCAGAAAAAGAUUUAGUUGGGGAGCUUCAGGAGAUGCAGAGUGCCACCAACACCAGCACGGCAGCAGACCUCCUCAAACAAGGAGCAGCCUGCAACGUACUCUACCUGAACUCUGUGGAAACCGAGUCGCUGACGGGGCCCCAGGCCAUUUCAAAGGCGACAAGAUCUACCCUGGCCCUGAGGCCGCGUCCCACAGCAACUGUUGUCCACUUCAAAGUGUCCACCCAGGGCAUCACUUUGACCGACAGCAAGAGAAGACUUUUCUUCCGGAGGCACUAUCCCAUCAGCAGUGUGACGUUCAGCAGCGUUGACCCUGACGACCAGAGGUGGACUAAUUCUGAUUGCACGUCGAGCAAGAUGUUUGGCUUCGUGGCAAGGCGGACAGGAAGUGUGACAGAAAACGUGUGUCACCUGUUUGCAGAGAUGGACCCCGAGCAGCCAGCUGUAGCCAUUGUCAACUUUAUCAACAAAGUCAUGCUGGGGCCGCAGCUGCGACGAUGAAGACCCGGGAGGGUUUUGAGGCCUGGGAUUGCCGUGAACAGGGGAAAGAUAUACAUGGGACUAAAAAGAAAGUGUUUAUGUGCAUAAGUUGUAUGAGGAAGAAGACGGCGUGGCAACUACACGUUUGUGAUAGAAUCCAUGCUUUAAUGUCAGGAUUCAGUGCAGACAGGGGAGAGAUUCUGACAAGUUGCUGCUUGGUGGGACACAAAGUCGUUGCUGUAUUUCACAAAAUGGUGAAAGCAGUUUCCAGGGAAUGGGUUAAUAGACCCCCAAAGAGUGAUGAGAUUUUAAGAACCAUUGCCAAAUGAGAUUUUAGCAGCAUUUGUCUCUCCAUUUUGUGUCAUCCAUAUACUCAUUCAUUUUAUUUGUUAACCUCUUAUUAUCAUGUUUACUAAAAUAAUGAUAACAAUAAUAAUAAUAUGGGUACGGCAUGCCUUAGACACCUGCACCUUAUGGAUGCACUUGGCACAGACUGUUACUGGAUUUUUUCCCCCCCACAGUACAAUAUUACAAAAUGUUAAGUUCAUGAAAUGGCUAAGCAGGACAUUAUCAGUGUACUAGAAUGUAGAGGCAAAAUGUUCACAUGGAAGAUGACGUUGUUGCACCAUCAGCCCUGAUGGAGUCAGUACCAAAGAGACGGUGUAAGUAAGUCAUUACAUGGAGCACAGCAAGUUAUCGUAUGUGAUGUUUUAACGACUGAGUAUCUUUGGAUACAUGCCGUGUCCGUUUACAGUCCUUCUUGAGAAGAGCUAUUUCAUGUUUACGUUCAUACACUAAUGGUUCACUGACACGUAUGGUAUUUUAAUGUGUGUUUAUUCAAGUCAUUUAUAUUUAAACACAAAAACAGGCAAAGGAGAUGUAACCUUGGUGCAUCGUACUGUACACGCUAGGCCCUACACAGUCAACGAAAAGCAAAAAUCUAUAAUCUAUGAUGCAUAGAAAAUAUUUUCAGACUGUACAAACAAAAUAUUGUUUGAUUUAGCUCAUUUGUCAAAGGGAAAUUCGACCCUAAAAUAAAUUACACAUUUCAGGGAUCACAGACAGUUUAACCAAUAAUGAGAGGAUGAAAAACUGUCUCCCAAAGCUAGAAAUAAGCAGAAAGAAACUGCGCGUAGUCCAUGAGAGCUGCUCAAUGCACAAUUUAUUGGAACUUUGUAAUCUUUUGUGAUGUUUUUGCCUGAAAAAUAGAUAAUAAUCGUACAUCGGUGGCACACAAGUCUAACAGUAUCCUGGCAAAUCACCCUAAAUCAUGUUUUGUAUCCACAAUGUUAAGUUUCCGUUCCUGAUGGAAUUUCAUUGUUAAUCCAGAAAAUGUCUUGCUAUAUCACAGAUUAUUGACCUGUUUUAUUAAAGGAAACUUUUUUUGCAAACAAGUCUAGAUUUGCAAAGUGUGUUUUGCAAGCAAGUCUGGAUUUAGCUAUCCAAGAUUAUUAGCAUAACUUGCAAGAAUUGCGUUUUAGGUUGGAUUUUUAUUCUAAAUUAUUGUAUAAAGGGAUCUAUGAAGUGUUGACUUUUUACUAUCAUGUUUCUGUUUUUUUUUUGGUAUCUCUGUUUUAUAUGAGCUAAUUUGGCUUUAAUGCGGUUAUUUUUCAGAGUUGUGCUUUAUAAAAAAAAGAAAUAAUAUAUUUUAUGCAACUGAAGUGGAUAAGAAUAACUGUAUAAUAUUUCUAUGACACUGAAAAGGAGAAACAAAUAAAAAGUAAACGAAACACGUGCGUGUCACUGUGAG